AUGCAAAUACGUUGGCAAGCACGAUUGAACAAACGUUCUGGUGAUAUUCUUGAAUCAGCAAGUUCGGUAAGACCAACAUUUCGAUUACAAUAUCAUGUACAUUGAAAUAUUGGUAGUGAAUCUGCUUUUACUAAUAGCUCGCUGUCGAGAUCAUUCACAACAUGCGCACAGUGAAGCAGUUGGCAAGCGAGGCAGAAUUUUUACGUCAAUUCUCACAUUUAGUUCUCAAAGAGUUCAAGUCAGUCUUUUAAUCGCUUUUUUCCUUAAUUUCUAUGCAUUAUUUUCGCAUAGAAUUCGUCGAAAUGAUAUGAUAAUAUCCUCGUUACUACACAGUAUCCAGUGGGGAUUGGGACCAUUUGUCUUGUUGUUUCUUUCUUGGCAGGCUUUAAUACUUGUUGAACACAAAGAACUGAAGAUGAACAACAUCCCUAUGUACCAAAAUAGAAAUCUUUAAGAUUUCUUUUACCUAUAUAUUUUUCUAGCGUGUUUGCCUAUUGUACUUUCUCUAUAGAAGCUCGACGAUGCACCAUGAUCUUGUAAGCCAUUGCACCGAUUGAUUUCUUUUCCUCAAGUGCUUUUAUUCAGAACGCGACAGAUGAGUGACUCAUUAUCAGCAGCUCGAAAUUUCUUCAAUUUGUUCGAUCGAAUAUCAGCUAUUAACAAUUGUUCAAUGGAUGGUCAACAAUUGGUAAGUGAUUCAUUUAGUAAAAGUCUGAGUUUUAAACAGAUUACUCUGAUCUCAUUGUUGAAAUGUAUUUAUAAUAGAGUGAUUUCAAAGGUCAGAUCGAAUUUGAUCAGAUCAAAUUUGCGUAUCCAUCUCGACCGACAUCCUGUAUUUUGAAUAAAUUUCAAUUGAUCAUCAAACCUGGUGAGUUUUUCCUAUGUAUUUUCAAUUUAGUUUAUGAUGAAAUUUAUCUAUUUGUCAAUUAGGUCAGCGUGUGGCCCUUAUAGGUAUGUCGAAGUCAUUUGUUGUUCAUUCAAAGUACUUAUAUAAUCUACUUAUAAAGGUGCAUCUGGUUGUGGUAAAUCGACAAUCAUUCAGCUCUUGGAACGAUUUUACGAUCCCAUACAAGGUCGAAUCGUAAGCAUUUCUCUUUU